AUGAACAUUCAAUUCUUGUUUGAAAAUGGGAAAUGUUCUGUCGUCGACGAGUAUGACAGAUCUGAACCAAUGGAUUAUAUUGUUCAUGAAGAACAGUUUCGUCUUGAAACAUUGAGCUCUCAUACACAAUAUUUAUCUCAACUGCCUCUGGAGAGCGAGAAAAGGAUAGAUGCAAUGCAGGUAGAAAAGGAGGCAAAACCUAAUGGUGAUGUUACUAUGAGGGAAGCUUCAGUGAAACAAAACUAUACACGCUAUUCUGAUCAGGACAAAAGGUGUUUGAGUGCGGCUGCUGCUGCAACCCAGCUUGGGAUUCAUGUUCAUACAGCACAAAAAUGGGCUAAACAAUAUGAGAAGGGUUCUGACAGUAUCUUUGAGAAACAGAAAAAGACUGACCGUCCACGUAUUCUCCAUGACGAACACAAAAAAGCUAUUCUCGAGUGCAUUGAUGAGAAUCCUUCCAUCGUCCUGGACGAAGUAAUGAAGAAGUUAAAGCAAAUGUUUACCGAAUUAAAAGUAUCUAAAACUACUUUGUUUGAUUUUGUAAAACAAUACUGCAAUUUGUCUCUCAAGAAAGCUCGACUUCAACCCAAAGAUUGGAAUAGCGAAGAAAAGAUUCAAGAGCGGUUGGAUUGGAUUCGUAAAUGGGGAAAAAAACAGACAGGGAUUUUGCUUUCAUCACCAGGUGAAAUGAUUUUUCACCAGCACGAAUUUAUGUUUUGUACAACCUGA